GUCGAUUUGACAGUUUUAUUUGAAAUUCUGAAAUGUUUGAAAUUUUAAAGUAAAUAAUGCCUAUUGCUCUGCCUAUACCCGAACCAGAAGUUCCGGCUGCACCAGAAGAAGUUGAAGAGAAAGUCCCUCCUAUAGGAACUCUUGAUUACAUUUAUUAUUUCAGCAAAAUCGAGGGGCAUUUGCCCACACCUAUUGAAGUGUCAAUCACAGGUUCCAUCCCUUACAAAUGUCCUGAAUUAAAGUGGUACAAUUUUGACAUUUACCCACAUAAAAUAAAACUCACGAAUACUGGUUAUACUGUAUUACUUGGAGCUAAAUGGAGAACGGAGAGGCCAUAUCUUGAAGGAGGUCCCUUAUACGAAAAACACGUCCUUUCUCAAAUACAUUUCCAUUGGGGACCUAAUUUCAUGAAAGGAAGUGAGCAUUCCGUUGAUAAAAGAUUACAUCCCGGUGAAAUGCAGGCAACUUUCUUCAGAUCGGAAUACCUGACGCAAGAGGAAGCCCUGAAACAUCAUGAUGGCGUAGUUAUGGUUUGUUACAUUAUAAAAUACGGAGUUAAUGCUGAUGAACGUUUAGAAUGCAUUCUAGAAGGAUUCCCCAGGAUCAUAGAGGCAAAGACAAACACUCGAAUCGGACCUUACCCAAUGUCUCGCAUCAUGCCCAUGUUCUAUGAAGAUUACUUCCUCUAUUGGGGCACUUUAACUACGGUGAAAGGAGAGAAUCAUGUCAUACGAUGGCUCGUACCCAGAGUAAUACUGUAUGCUUCUACUGAACAGAUGGAGCAAUUCCGUAAGCUUUGGGAUCCUUGGGAUAAUCCUAACAUGGGAAACUUCCGACCAUUACAAGAUGUAGCCGACAGGCAUGUGUUCUUUAUAAAUGCGCAUUGGAAUCAGUACAACUCCCUAUUACCCAUACCAAGGGUCCCUGAGCAAUCGAUAUCUGUCCCCUCCCCUGCAUAUCAAGCUAAUCCAUGGAUGCUACCGCCACAGAACAGGGUUUCUGUUUCUAAUGAAGCUACAGAAAAUAAGAAAGACAAUAAUAAAGAAAUCACGGAGAAUAAGGGAAAUAAGGGGAACAAAUAACGUCUUAUAAAUCAAGAGAAAGUAAACUAGUUCUACUUGCAUGCAGAGAGAAUUGAAGAUAAAAGACAUUUCCAUCGAGUAAAAUGGUUGUAAGAAUUACAGGAAGCCUAUAAUCCUACAUAUGGUCAAAUUACCUCAUGAUGCGAGACACCACGAUGCUGCGAAUUUAAUUCCAUCUA